GAUCGUCUCAGUCAUACUCGUAACGGCUUGCCUUUCGGGGCGCCCCUUUCUCUUAUAGGCACAGACGACGCACAAAGGGCUCUCGCUCGUUCCUCACUCAUAUUUUUUUGAAAAAAUUGAAAAACAACAAACGAUUGUGCUUUGUAGUCUGAUUUUUAUUUGUCUUGGCCGACCCAUUGAGAAUUUUUCGUGUUUUAAUAGAGUCGAGUGUUUGACACCAAUUUUUUUUAGACAACGCGGGUUUAUAUACCGUGAUUGUUAAAUCUUGUUGACGUCACAUUUCAUCAUUCGCUUGUUAUCAAGAAUGAGCAGCAAUAACAGACUAGCAGCUGUCGUCUUCGUCCUGGCAGUUUUUAUGACCACUGCUCGCUGUCAGCAGAAAUCACCACCGACGUCAUUGAAUGGGAGACUCCAGCAACGACCACCACCGCCAGCAACGGUUCCACUCCCUGCCGCCAAGGAAGGAUCCAAUUUUGACCAGCAGCGGUUGAUUGCAUUGUUCGGGUCGGAAGCUCAACCGGUAUACGGCAACCGGGAUCCAGCCACUGGUCGGGUCGUCUUAGAAGCAGUGACAAACAAUCCAGUUCGAAGUGGAAGCAGACCUGCCGCCAGUCGAUUCACCCCACCACCAUCUGAAGAUGGGAAAGAAGAAAUCAACGAAGCGGUCGAGCCCGAAGACGCCAUCGAUCGCAAAGAUACUAGGGUGCCAGAAACGAAUGAAAUCAACCCAUUCGAAUUGCUCCCUCCCCAGUUUCACGACUUGCUCAAUAUUCCCAUCCAUGACUAUGGUAAUGGCACUACCUACAAUCCCUACGAUAAGUUCAAACUGCCUCCUAAGAAUAAAUACCCUCUGGUCUCUACUGGAUACGCCAACACCAAAUACCAGGGCUCACCCAGUUCUACCACGGCUAAACCGACUAAACCCGCCACUCAACCGGUGAAAUAUGUCACAGAACGAUUACCCAGCAGCUACGAUUACGACUACGAAGGGGAAGAAUUCGCUUCUGUGAAAACCACCCGAAGGCCGUCAUCGAAACCCAAAUUAUCUACGACAACGACAACACCCAUCCGGACAUCGACGGUUGACAAUAUGCGUGAUGGCCAAUACGAUCCCUAUUCAAAUCGACCAACCACCAAGAAACAACGUGUCCGUCCAUCGAUUGAUCUUCCAAAAGAAACGGAGAGCAUUGCUUAUAGACCAAAGCCACCUGUCGAGAAUACACGCAACAAACCUGCGCCCCGCCCUCAGACCUACAGCGAGCAGCAGCAUUCGGAGGAAAACAUUUCCGAGACGUACCCAGACAACAGCAGGCCUUACCAACCAGAAAAUAGACCGAACCAGAAACCUUUUUUCUAUAAAGAAGAUGAAGUGACAUCGCAUCAACAGACGGACGACGAUUGGCCUCCUCGGCAAGGAGAGUUCAAACCGUUCAAACCAAUCAGUCGGCCAGAGUUUGACGACUUCAAUUCUUAUAAAGUGGAGAGCCGCCCGAAACCAGCCAAGGAAGAUAAACCGCAGCCUCAACCGACCAGACCCAACUAUUCUGUCGUUGCUGGAUCGGAUGACGACCGAGAGCCGAUUUUUACACCCCAUCAGUCCUAUCGUCCUCAUUCCGACGACCACAUAGCCGAAAUCAAAGUGACACCGAAACCGUUUUUCGCCGCUGACGAAAAUCAAAACUUUGGCCAGUCACCACCGCAGAACUCUCCUGGGCAGGUGGCCGACGUACCCGAUAUCAUCUACGACUACGAUGACGAACGUAGCAAAGGAGAAGGUGUCUUGUUCAUGUUUGAUAAUGGCCCGUCUGGCGCGCCAUCUGGCCCAGAUUUGUCCAUCUCAUCUGGUGUGUCUGUCAAACCAAGUUCUGCCACUCCAAGCCCAGUCUCCAGCCCUUAUCCAACUGUGGCCAGUCGCGAUCCGCGACCUCAGCAAGUAUUUACUCCUGCCUUCCGGCCUUCCGCUCCUGUCCGUCCUUCUUCCGAUAGUUCAUUUUUGCCUCCUCCAUCAUCCAACCAGGGAUUAGUGCCCAACUGGAACCAACCUCCUCAACAGAAACAACAAAUUGGCAACGAUUCACCACGCCCACCUUUCCGAUUCCCAUCUGAGCAACAACAACCCGGGUUGAACGCCAAACAGGAGAACCAACCACCCAACAUCCUGCCACUAUUCCGUCCCAAUACGAAUCCAACUGACGAGUUCCAGUUUAUUAAACAUCCACAACAGAUUGAAUUUAACCGACAGCAAACUCAUCUGCAGCCUGGACCACACGCAAACUUACGACCUAUUGGACAGGAACCCAACCUGAGGCAACAACAACAACGGCCGGGUGCCAUUAGCCCACUUCCCUCUGCUUUGCAAUCGCCAUUCUCUUCCAUCUCCCAAGCGGUAGCCAAUUUCUUUGGGCGCCGUUCCGGCUAUUCAACAGGCAGCAGUCGAUCCGGUAAUUUGGACGCCACAGUGAAAUCGGACCGUUUUGGAAUUGUCGACCCCAGCGAAGUGACAACAGAUUUGGACAUGGCCGAAAGCAACAGUGGCUCAUUUGUCCUUUUCAGUCGACCCGAUCAGCCGCUCUUGCCAUCACCCAUCUCUGUUGAUCGGUCAGGAUUGAGCCUCCAGCUUCCGCAACAACAGAUGCCACCGAACCUUGGCGCAACUCCAGCUGCCACGCAUCCGCAAGUAGUUGGAAUCAGGGCCUCACCGGAAGAUGCCGCCAGUAAGCCACCUGCUUUUUACGUCUACACAACUCACGAAUUGGAGCAAGGAAAACCACCUUACCUUGUCGUCGGCCCUGUCCUUUCCGGUCCACCGAACGUGGCCGGUGCUCAGCUAGUUCACUCGGUGCCCGCCACACCGAUCCACACUCCCGAGAGUCAACGCCGCAGCGAUUUCCCGAGCUCGGAUUCACCCAGCAGCCGUCCCAACAGCCCAAACUCACUUUCGUUUCCAUCCGCCGCCAUUCCCAAUCAAGAAGAAGUAGCGCCGACUGCUCGCCAACCGGAAAUCGCUCCCGUUCGUAAACCGUUUUUCCCGAUUUCAUCAGGAAACGGCAUCAAAGACAGGCCGGAUCGUCUACCGACUGGAUUGUCACCGCCCCGUCAAAGUGCGCCUCCCCAUCGACGACCGCCACCAGGAUUUUUAUUUCCCGAAAUCCCACAAGAAGCGGAAUCUGUUCUACCACAAGGCAUCAGCCCUGUGUCGCAGGGUAUACCACCUCCGAGAGUUCCGCUGAACCCCCACAAAGACGUUGCUUCACUCUUCAGUAAUCCCACAUUACUCCACAAUCGACCGAAUGAAAACGCCUCGAUCCUUCCUCCAUUUGAGCAACAGCAGCCGACGUCUGUCAAGAAUCCAGAUCCGUCCGUCGGUGUGGCAUCCGUUUUAAAUGUUCCACUGUACGAAACUCAAAUAUCGAGCACACCAAGGCCACCCAAGCGGAAAACCACCAAAUUGCCAUCGAGAACAACGACGACGCCAGGCUACAUGGAAUCGUUCAACAAUCAGCAUCCAGUUACGUAUGCGACAAUCCAACAAGAAGAUGGCAAACAGAUUGCUGUCGUUCAUCCGGCCUACAUUGUGACUUACAAAAGCCAGCCGGGACCACCGGAAUUGCUCGACUUGGACGCUCCUUUCGUGCCUUCCGUGGAGAGCCCAUCGGAAGUGGGUGAAAUGUCGAGUAUUCCUUUCGAAAAGUGGCACGCCAUGCCGCAGGAAAUCGAACGCAAAGGAGACGAGUCGCCUGAAGAAUCUAGCCAUCAUGAAACAGCUGUGAAUAGCCAGACUGGUAAACAGCAGCCUAGUGGUGGCGACCAGCUGAAAUUUUAUGGCGGAUUUCUCCCUCUCAUUCCUGGCCAGAAAUGAUUCAAUUGAUGUGUUUUAUCGAUUGAUCUGAUUAUUUAUUGUAUGUUGAUUUUUUUUCUUUUUUAAUUAUAUGCUGGGAUGAAAAGAAUUAUAUUUAUUACAAUACGAAAUGUCUUUUACUACUUCUUCAUAAGCCGCUAUAUAUAUUUAUUUGGGUUCUCUUUUUGAUCUGGCCAAUGUGGGGGGUUCUUUUGGUGGGAUUUGUUAAUUAGAUAAAAAUCCUUAAAUUCACGACUUUUGUACUUGUUUGGCUUAAUUUUUUCCAUGCGUGGCCUUACACAUAAUUUAUUUGCAAAUUUUUUGUCUCUGUUCAUAUACUUCAACCUCGUCAUUUUAAUACACUAUGUCGAUUGAUUUGUA